GCUGCGCUGUGCGGCCGCGAGGCCCCGCCGCGCCCUUGGCGGGUGCGGAACGAGCGCGGGCGGCGCGCUCCUCGGAGGAGAGCCCGCGGGACUGGGGCUCGCUCCCCCCGCCUCAGUCCUCCGAGGCGCGGCGAGUCCCCUCAGCGCGGCAGUUUUGUUAGUACAAAAAUAGAACAACCAUGUUUCGGAAUAGUCUCAAGAUGCUUCUUACUGGAGGGAAGUCAAGUCGUAAAAACAGAUCAAGUGAUGGAGGGAGCGAAGAGCCAUCAGAUCGAAGGCAGUCAAGUGUAGACUCUCGCCAAAGCCGCUCUGGGCAAGGUGGCAUCUCCACAGAAAGCGACUGUGCUUUUGAGCCAGACUACGCAGUCCCACCACUACCAGUGAGUGAAGGUAUGCAGCACAUUCGGAUUAUGGAGGGCAUGUCUCGCUCUCUUCCAUCCUCCCCCUUACUCACACAUCAGUCUAUCAGUGUUCGGCUCCAGCCUGCCAAGAAGUUAACUGCCCCUCUGAGGAAAGCAAAGUUUGUUGAGAGCCCACGAAUUCCAGAGUCCGAGCUUGGCUCACCAACCCUCACUUCAGCUCAGAAACUGGACGUGGAUGCAUACUGCCCUGGUGAUGCUGAACAGGAACUUGGCCCCCCUCCAUCUGUAGAUGAGGCAGCAAACACACUCAUGACUCGUCUGGGUUUCCUCCUUGGAGAGAAAGUCACGGAAGUCCAGUCAGGUGACCAAUACAACAUGGAAGUACAGGAUGAAAAUCAGACCUCAGCAAUCGCGCAGAGGAUAAGCCCUUGUUCCACUCUGACUAGCAGCACUGCCUCCCCACCAGCCAACAGCCCCUGUUCUACCCUCCCGCCUGUCAGUACAAAUCCAACUGCCAAGGAUUGCAACUAUGGGGCUGUCACUAGUCCAACCUCCACCCUUGAAAGCAGAGAUAGUGGCAUCAUUGCUACAUUAACAAGCUAUUCUGAGAAUGUGGACCGCACAAAAUAUGUUGGGGAAAGCAGUAAAGAAUUGGUGUCUGGAGGAAACCUAAAACCUUGGCAGUCUCAAAAAUCCGGCAUGGAUUCCUGUUUGUAUCGAGUAGAUGAAAACAUGACAGCUUCUACCUAUAGUUUGAACAAGAUCCCGGAGAGGAAUUUGGAAACAGUUUUAUCACAGUCAGUGCAGUCUAUUCCUCUGUAUCUUAUGCCACGGCCAAAUUCAGUAGCAGCCACGAGCUCUGCCCACUUGGAGGACCUUGCUUACCUGGACGAGCAGAGACAUACCCCCUUGAGAACUUCUCUUCGAAUGCCAAGACAGACCAUGGCUUGCGGGGCUCGCACACAGCAGGAUUUAAGAGUUCGCUUCGCACCAUAUAGGCCUCCAGAUAUUUCCCUGAAGCCUCUCCUCUUUGAAGUGCCCAGCAUCACGACAGAGUCAGUAUUCGUUGGCCGGGACUGGGUUUUCCACGAAAUAGAUGCUCAGCUUCAAAGUUCAAACGCCAGCGUAAACCAAGGGGUAGUCAUUGUCGGAAACAUUGGGUUCGGCAAAACUGCCAUCAUCUCCAGGCUGGUGGCCCUUAGCUGCCACGGGACACGGAUGAGACAGAUCGCCUCAGACAGCCCACAUGCCUCCCCCAAACAUGUGGAUGCCAACAGAGAGCUGCCACUCACACAGCCACCUUCAGCUCACUCCUCCCUCACCAGCGGGAGCUGCCCGGGAACCCCAGAAAUGCGCAGACGGCAGGAGGAAGCCAUGAGAAGGCUCGCCUCGCAGGUGGUUGCCUAUCAUUAUUGCCAAGCGGAUAAUGCCUACACCUGCCUGGUGCCAGAAUUUGUCCACAAUGUCGCCGCGCUGCUGUGCCGCUCGCCGCAGCUGGCUGCCUACCGGGAGCAGCUCCUGCGGGAGCCUCACUUGCAGAGCAUGCUGAGUUUGCGUUCGUGCGUGCAAGACCCCAUGGCCUCCUUCCGGAGGGGUGUCCUGGAGCCCCUGGAGAGUCUCCACAAAGAGAGAAAAAUUCCAGAUGAAGAUUUCAUCAUCCUAAUUGAUGGAUUAAAUGAAGCAGAAUUUCACAAACCAGAUUAUGGGGAUACAAUUGUAUCAUUUCUGAGUAAAAUGAUUGGAAAAUUUCCUUCCUGGCUUAAGCUAAUUGUAACAGUUAGGACCAGUUUACAGGAAAUUACCAAGCUGCUGCCUUUCCAUAGGAUUUUUUUGGAUCGACUAGAAGAGAAUGAAGCCAUAGACCAGGACCUGCAGGCUUACAUCCUGCACCGGAUACACAGCAGCUCAGAGAUCCAGAAUAACAUUUCACUUAAUGGCAAAAUGGACAAUACUACAUUUGGCAAACUCAGUUCUCAUCUCAAGACCCUCAGUCAAGGGUCCUAUCUAUAUCUGAAACUCACAUUUGACCUCAUAGAGAAAGGCUACCUAGUGUUAAAGAGCUCUAGCUACAAAGUAGUUCCUGUGUCACUAUCAGAGGUUUAUUUACUCCAGUGCAAUAUGAAGUUUCCAACCCAGUCUUCCUUUGACCGGGUGAUGCCUCUCCUGAAUGUGGCAGUGGCCUCUCUCCAUCCCCUGACCGAUGAACAUAUCUUCCAGGCCAUCAAUGCUGGUAGCAUUGAAGGCACCCUAGAAUGGGAAGAUUUUCAGCAGAGAAUGGAGAACCUCUCCAUGUUCCUAAUCAAGCGCAGAGAUAUGACUCGUAUGUUUGUACAUCCUUCUUUUCGAGAAUGGCUUAUCUGGAGAGAAGAAGGAGAGAAAACCAAAUUUCUCUGUGAUCCCAGGAGCGGUCACACCUUACUGGCCUUCUGGUUUUCCCGCCAAGAAGGAAAGCUCAACCGACAGCAGACCAUCGAACUGGGACAUCACAUCCUCAAAGCACAUAUCUUCAAGGGUUUGAGUAAAAAAGUUGGUGUGUCAUCUUCCAUUCUCCAAGGUCUCUGGAUCUCCUAUAGCACAGAAGGUCUUUCCAUGGCGUUAGCGUCUUUACGAAAUCUUUACACUCCAAACAUAAAGGUCAGCCGACUGCUGAUUUUGGGAGGUGCCAACAUUAAUUACAGGACCGAGGUUUUAAAUAAUGCUCCGAUUCUCUGUGUCCAGUCGCAUCUUGGUUACACAGAAAUGGUGGCCCUGCUGUUGGAGUUUGGGGCCAACGUGGAUGCGUCUUCAGAGAGCGGCCUGACCCCUCUGGGCUACGCCGCAGCUGCAGGCUUCCUGAGCAUCGUGGUGCUGCUGUGCAAGAAACGGGCCAAGGUGGAUCACUUGGAUAAGAACGGGCAGUGCGCGCUGGUCCACGCGGCGCUCCGAGGUCAUCUGGAGGUCGUUAAGUUUCUAAUUCAGUGUGACUGGACCAUGGCUGGCCAGCAGCAAGGUGUGUUCAAGAAGAGCCAGGCCAUUCAGCAGGCCCUCAUCGCUGCAGCCAGCAUGGGCUACACUGAGAUUGUCUCCUACCUACUUGAUCUUCCAGAAAAAGAUGAAGAGGAAGUGGAGCGAGCACAGAUCAACAGCUUUGACAGUCUCUGGGGAGAGACAGCCCUGACAGCUGCGGCAGGAAGGGGCAAAUUGGACGUGUGUCGCCUGCUCUUGGAACAAGGGGCUGCAGUAGCCCAGCCAAACCGCCGCGGGGCAGUGCCCCUCUUCAGCACUGUUCGCCAGGGCCACUGGCAGAUUGUUGAUCUGUUGCUUACCCAUGGAGCUGACGUCAACAUGGCAGACAAGCAGGGCCGGACUCCCCUGAUGAUGGCUGCUUCAGAAGGCCACCUGGGAACUGUGGACUUUCUGCUUGCACAAGGUGCCUCCAUUGCUCUAAUGGACAAAGAAGGGUUGACAGCCCUCAGCUGGGCUUGUUUGAAGGGUCACCUCUCAGUGGUACGUUCCCUGGUGGAUAAUGGCGCCGCGACAGACCAUGCCGACAAGAAUGGCCGCACACCACUGGAUCUAGCGGCUUUCUAUGGUGAUGCUGAGGUGGUCCAGUUCCUGGUGGAUCACGGGGCCAUGAUAGAACAUGUUGACUACAGUGGAAUGCGUCCUUUGGAUCGCGCAGUGGGGUGCCGGAACACUUCCGUUGUUGUCACUCUUCUGAAGAAAGGCGCCAAGAUAGGUUGUCAGACGUUACCGAGUCGCCCACGAGGUCCAGCCACAUGGGCGAUGGCCACCUCCAAGCCAGACAUCAUGAUCAUCCUGUUGAGCAAGCUGAUGGAGGAGGGGGACAUGUUUUAUAAGAAAGGGAAAGUGAAGGAGGCCGCCCAGCGCUACCAGUACGCUCUGAAGAAGUUCCCGAGAGAAGGGUUUGGCGAGGACUUGAAAACCUUCCGGGAGCUAAAGGUGUCUCUCCUCCUCAACCUCUCUCGCUGCCGAAGGAAAAUGAACGAUUUCGGAAUGGCCGAGGAGUUUGCAACGAAGGCCCUGGAGCUGAAGCCGAGAUCGUACGAGGCUCACUACGCGAGAGCGAGGGCGAAGCGCAGCAGCAGACAGUUCGCAGCAGCCUUAGAGGACCUGAACGAGGCCAUCAAGCUCUGUCCAAACAACCGCGAGAUCCAGAGGCUCCUGCUGCGGGUGGAGGAGGAGUGCAGGCAGACGCAGCAGCCCCCGGCCCCGCCGCCCCCGCCCCCGCCGCCCUCGCAGCCUCCACAGGAGCUGCCCGAGGAGCCGGAACCAGAACCCCCGAGCGAGGACAUCUACGCGGUGCAAGAUAUAUUUGAGGAGGAGUACCUGGAGCAGGAUGUGGAGAAUGUGUCCAUCGGCCUGCAGACGGAGGCGCGGCCCAGUCAGGGGCUCCCGAUCAUCCAGAGCCCCCCGUCCUCGCCCGCCCACCGGGACGCGGCCUACAUCUCUGGCUCACCCCUCGGCUCCCACCAGGUGUUUGACUUCAGGUCCAGUAGCUCCGUCGGGUCUCCCACCAGACAGGGCUACCAGUCCCCCUCGCCGGCUCUCUCCCCUACUCACCAGAACUCUCACUACAGGCCCAGCCCCCCACACACCUCCCCCGCCCACCAGGCUGCAUCCUACCGCUUUAGCCCCCCGCCCGUGGGGGGGCCGAGCAAAGACUACCCGAGCCCGCCCCCGUCCCCUCUCCGCAGAGGCCCGCAGUACCGGGCCAGCCCUCCCGCCGAGAGCAUGAGCGUGUACAGGUCCCAGUCGGGCUCACCCGUGCGCUAUCAGCCAGAAGCAAACGUCAGCCAGCUUCCUGGCCGGCCGAAAUCUCCGCUGUCCAAAAUGGCCCAGAGGCCCUACCAGAUGCCUCAGCUCCCUGUGGCCAUUCCCCAGCCGGGCCUCAGGCUGCAGCCGGCCAAGGCCCAGAUCGUGAGAAGCAACCAGCCCAGCUCGGCGGUUCACUCCAGCACUGUCAUGUCCACGGGCGCCUACGGCCAAGUCGCCCACCCCAUGGCCAGUAAGUACCAGUCUUCACAAGGAGACAUCGGAGCCAGCCAGAGCCGACUGGUGUAUCAAGGCUCCAUCGGGGGGAUAGUCGGGGACGGGCGGCCCGUGCAGCAUGUGCAGGCCAGCCUGAGCGCGGGCGCCAUCUGCCAGCAUGGAGGGUUGACCAAAGAAGACCUUCCACAGCGGCCUUCCUCGGCCUACCGCGGCGGCAUGCGAUACAGCCAGACCCCGCAGAUCGGGCGCAGCCAGUCGGCGUCUUACUACCCAGUCUGUCACUCGAAACUGGACCUGGAGCGUUCCUCCAACCAGCUGGGCUCCCCGGAAGUGUCCCAUUUAAUCCGAAGGCCUAUCAGCGUCAACCCGAGCGAGAUCAAACCCCACCCGCCCACGCCCAGGCCUCUGCUGCACUCCCAGAGCGUCGGCCUCCGCUUCUCUCCGUCCAGCAAUAGCAUCUCGUCCGCCUCCAACCUGACGCCCACCUUCCGGCCGUCGUCCUCCAUCCAGCAAAUGGAGAUCCCGCUGAAACCGGCCUACGACCGGUCAUGUGACGAGCUGUCCCCAGUGUCUCCCACGCAGGGAGGCUACCCCAGCGAGCCCACCCGAUCCAGGACCACACCAUUCAUGGGGAUCAUAGAUAAAACAGCCCGGACCCAGCAGUACCCCCACCUCCACCAGCAGAACCGGACCUGGGCCGUGUCCUCGGUGGACACCGUGCUCAGCCCCACCUCUCCAGGCAGCCUGCCGCAGCCCGAGUCCUUCAGCCCGCCCUCCUCCAUCAGCAACAUUGCCUUUUACAACAAAACCAACAACGCGCAGAAUGGUCACUUGCUGGAGGACGACUACUACAGCCCCCACGGGAUGCUGGCUAACGGGUCCCGGGGAGACCUCCUGGAGCGAGUCAGCCAGGCUGCCUCCUACCCCGACGUGAAGGUGGCCCGGACCCUGCCUGUGGCCCAGGCCUACCAGGACAACCUGUACAGGCAGCUGUCCCGGGACUCACGACAAGGGCAGACCUCCCCAAUCAAACCAAAGAGACCGUUUGUGGAGUCUAAUGUUUGAGCAUUUGUUGGAGUGAGACCCCCAUGUUUUCACUGCACAUUUUCAGGCUUGGUUUCCACAUCCGAGGUAGUUCUCUGGCUUAAUUUCUCAUGUAGUUUCUGUGUGGUGUUCAGAGGUGGCAGCCCACACGCUGAAAUCCUUUGCAUGCAGCGGCCUCCAGUGAGCCCGGACUUCAGUUUCUCUCGUCUGUGCCCCAGCCACAUGCUCUCCCUUCCCCUCCGACGCCAACGAGGAGAUUGUCGUGCCGUGUGCUUGUACCCAGGGAGCUCAGACACACUGGCCCGCUUCUGCCAGGAGACAAUCGCUUUCACUGAUGUUCUCGUUUUGUAAAUGUCUUCUUCUUUUUACAACAACAAGGUGUUCUUAACCGUUUUCUUCUAGGAACUUUAGAAAGAGUGCAGUGCCCCCUUGCCUCUGCCUUCUCGCCCACUGUUACCUAGACAACCACCCCAGUGCAUUCUUGUGCCAUGGUCUCCUGCCCUGGACUGCCAGCUCCCCGCAGUCGUAGGUCUAGAAUGUUCAGUCGGUUAUUAGCGGUUUGCCUGUAAGGGUAGAAGCCUCAAGGAGAGAGAGAAGAAAUCAGUCUGCUCGGUUGAAAGAAAAAAAAGUCACUAUUGAAAGGUCACUGCAUUGACUUUCCAAGCUGCAUUUAGAAAACAACUAGCCCUUUAAGUAGCUCAGUCAGCUAAGGGAAUUGGAUGAGCAUCAUGGUUUGGUUUGGUUUUUAAUAAUUCACUGAGAAUUAUUUUUUUAGGUUUUCAGUCAACGGUUACCUGUGAAAAAGUUACUGGUGUUCAGAUAGCUGUAUCAUAGGGCAGAAAAAAAAGACUUCUCCCCUGGGUUCUCAGAGAAAAAGCUUUGUAGAAAAGCCUUGUCUCAGAGAGAUCUCCUGUUCCGACCCCCUGUGGCAGCGGCCCUAGGAACCCUUGGGGCCCUCUUCGGAAGCGCAGGUGGUGGGGUGGAAAUGGCUCCUGUCGCCCCGCGUGCGUUCUGUGCCGGGUAUGGUCUCAUCCCAUCUCGUGUGCCUUUGCUCCGUUGUGUCCUGACAGGAACUGUGUCUUCUUGGGGCGGGGGGGGGGGGGGUUGUUGAUACUUGACAACCAGGCGCUACAGAGUACCUUGGGAGAAGACCCCUUUGAGCCUCAGUGGGAGCGCAGGAUGGAAAGGACGCCCCCCUCUGGUCUCUCACCACGUGUCGGCCAUGCCCGGUGGUCCGGGGCAGGCCUGACCGGUGAGUGGCAGAGGCCAGCCUGGGACGGACGCCAAGAACACUGCAACCAGCACCUUGGCCCGGCCUGGGGCAGAGGCACAGCAGCCCGUCAGCCGUUACCCCUGAGCCUUGAGAGCUGACCUCUGAGCCCUCCUGCUCUUGCUGGUAAAGCGCUCGGGAAGGGCCAUUUCUGACGCCAGUACCUGUGGUCACAGUCUCCAGAGCGGAGGUGGGCAACUUCUCUCCACUCACGUAAGUUCCGCCAGCAGAGGGCCCGCCACCCCCGGCCUGCCCGGGCCAGCACUGUCUCUCUGGGCCCGAACCUAGACUGGCAUCAGCAUCCUGGCUCCCCUCCCCUCCUCCCCCCUCUCUCCCCGGCAGAUGCCUGUCGCCCGACCCACCCGCUCUUUGUCCAGGGUUCAGUCCACGUGGGCACUGCAUCUGCCUCAUGGGAGCUGCUGAAACACUUCUCAGUGUCUAGUAGAAAAAGACCCCUGCUUCUCCCCCCCCACCCCCACACACACUUGCACUCACUUCACAAACCUCACCGGUGCCACUUUCCCAGGCUGUCCUCUGCUGUAGAGUUAAGGGAACACCCUUUACACCCUUACUCGGGGACCAACAGUCUAAGUAAUUUUUGCAGCUAUUGUAAGAGGAAGUGACUUUCCCUACCGGGCUCCACUUCCUUUGGACGAGAAAUGCCCGCUGAACCCGACGGAGCAGGAGAGGUUCCCUUGAAGCAGGCUGCCCGUGUCCUGUUCUGCUCCUUCACUGCCAUGGGUGGUCAUAGGUGGUCUUAGGAUUGUAUCUCAGAGAGCCCCUGCCCGCCUCCACCCCCAGCACUGGCCGAGUCCAUGUCUGGCCUCACGGGAAGGGGGUGGGGCGGGCCUCGCUCCACGUCCCCAACCCCAUCCCCCUGAGGUGGAGACAGUGGCGACAGACGUCUGCGUCCAGGUUUCUCACCAGUUGUACACCUUCCUUGCACUAGUGGUUUCCAUCACAUCACGUCCGUUCUGGGUGUACCUGACUGUUUGGGUCCGUAACCCUGAGAAGUGCUGGCUGUGUAACUGUGAGUGAUGUCUUCGUUAGAAAGUAGAAAAACCACACCUGUCUUAGUGUAUUUUUCAAGGAAAAGGAAAAAGAAAUCAAGCAGUGGAUCACAACAUUUAUAGCACAAAGAAAAAAAAAAUUCCUUGUAUAUAAGCAUCAAGCAGAUUGAGAAUUUUUAAAUACAAAAAAAUAUUUGCAGUGAUUUUAAAGUGCUUUUCCAGCAGUUUUCUUAGGGACUCCUGAGACAUGGUUACUUUAUUUACUGGAUCAGUAAGGCACACAUUAACAAUUUAAGAAUUAAUGUUUAUUUACAAAGUAAAGGGAAAACCUGUGUAACGUGAGAAUUUGGCAUGGACAAAAUGGAGACCAUUUUGUAUCUGCUGUUGUAUCUUGUCUGGGCGCAGGCGCCCGUGCGCUCCUCCUGGCCCCGGUCGGCAGAGCGCAGGCCUGUGCCCCUCCCAGGCGCCCUCUUUUUAGAUGUGUUUAACUUAAACCGAAGGCUCAGGAAAAUUCCACUAAUUAGAAUCAUGUACAGUACCCCAGGUAGUUGUCCAGAAACACAAGUUUGCUAAUUGAGUUAUGCCUGGAUUACUCAACACUUUUCCUAAAUUAUUGUAAACAGAACAGUUUAGAGAAAGUUAUUCUCGGUCCUUAUAUUGUACAGUAGUUUAUGAACCCCUCUCUAAAUAUUGGUAUUUUUAUAUUCCAGAGAUGUACCCAAUAGAAAAAAAAAUUAAUCCGUAUCUAAUUUAAUAUCCAUAAGUAUUUUCCUUAGAUUUUAGUCACCAUGCUGUGGGUCACGUGGACGUCACCUUGCUUCCCUGUACAUUACCACUAGGUGUCGCUGUGGCUCUGCACCAGGCUAGUCCGGGAGCAAAGAAUGGCCGCCAGCUGUCCCGGGGCUCAGAGGGUGCGGGCGGUGGGAACAGAGGCCUGGAAAGGGGUCGUCACACAUCCGUGCCAACUGCGGCCAGAUCAGCUCUUUGAACACUCCCUUUGGACCUUCAGCCACAUCGGGGCUGGAGAAGGCGGGCUGCAGCGCCCAGCUCCGUGGUGGAUGGAGAUGCAAAAGACCCUUGUCUUCCCCAAGGCUCCCCUCUGGCCCCCUCCGGCUCCGGGGGAGUCCCCGUGGGGCGGUCCAAUUCAAAGAUAGUUAUUUUUCUACUGCAGAAACGCCUUGGACAAAACCAGUUGCUCACUGAACCUUUGCCACGCGAUGGGACAGGCUCCCCCCAGCUGGUAGGACGCGCCUGCCCCGCUCCCAGCCCCCCUGCCCCGCCAGUGUCCGUGGGCCGCCUACUGGAGAAGCCAGUCCGCAGAGGCCCGGCCCGCCGCCCUGCCGCAGGAGCACGGGGAGGUGGGGCUCCUCCUCCCUUUCCUCUUAGGAGUUCCAGACUCACCAUCCACCAUGACCAACAACAAUGAACCAAGGGCUUAGGGGUAAGAGCUACCUACAAAGAUGUGUCAUGGAAACCUUCACCAUGCAAUGCCUUGAACUCAGCUCUGGCUGCUUCCAAGAAGAGGUGGCGAGCUGGGGGCCUGGACACAGCACAACGGGGCUGGCUGGCGGAGCCACUGUGCAGAGCUACUUGAAUAAUCACUGGGUCUCUUAUCAACUCCUUUUGUAACAGACCACUCAAGGGCUGAAGUGUUGGUAACCUGCAUUUCGGGGUCCAUUGCCUCCCAGCAGCUGACGCACCCGAGAUGCGUGUGGCCGCUUGAUGGCCACAGUCAGAGCUUUGAAAAGUUGGUACCAAAUGAAUGCGUAAUUGGACACCAAAAAUCAAGUGUUACUCUCAUGUCUCCUCACCCAUCUCCUCCCAUUUCCUCCUGCUGAUUCUGUGCUCGCCACACUUCAGCUGACCUGUCCAGCUUCAGCUGGGUGCACCUAGAUGCAGGCCAGCCCCCCACUCAUUUAUUCAGGCAAAAUACUCUGGAAAGGAAGGGGCCUCGCCGCUUUGUAUUCUGUAGCACUUGUUGGCUGGGUUUCUCUUUAGCGAGUCACCAAGCAGAACAUCCGGUCAGAGGGACUCAGCUCAAUCCUUUUGGUCCCCGGGACCAGACAGAGUUCUGGAGAAUUCAGUACUUGAAUGUACCUGCCUUAUUGCAUACCAACUAACUGGAAAGAGAAGCGCUGGUCCAGAUCCCGACUUCACUCCCACGUCCUCUCAGCGUUCCCAUAAGUUGCACAUCCUGUUCGGGUUUGUUUUCUGUUCAGGUUUUCCCUCUGGCUGCUUCCUGCCCAAAGGGGCAGGUUCCUGGCCGGGCUCCACAGGUGCCGGCCUUGGGGGCCGGGCCGCCGUUCCAUCUCACCCCGCAUCCGUCUCUUGUCCUGUCUUCUCCAAAUCCAAGAUGAUUUUAAUUAGUACAGACAUGUACAGUCCACAAUUAAAGAGUGAUUUGUACUAAUAUGAUUUUGAUUCUUCCUCCUCUUUGCUGUCCUUUCAAGACACUUGCUGGAAAAAGCUUUAAUGCACUUAGUUUUCCUUUAGGUUUUCUAUACUCAGAUGUAAAGGACUCUCUCUGUACAGUAUAUUCUCCAAUGCAUGUUUGUUCUCUCUCCUGAUAUACUGAACACCACACAGUCGUGAACUCGUGCGGUGGGGAUGGCCCACACCCCGCAGAGGCACCUAGCCCCUGUGUAUAAGGAAAAGACAUUUACCUUCGCUGUACUUGCUUGAGCAGUUUUAUUGUCUGUACAUGUGAGCUGUGUGAGAUAGAUGUGAACAGUUAAAUGAAUGCAUUUUCCUGCCCAUGUAUACAGAUCACCAUCUGUACAAUGAACUGUAUGUAUGAAAGCAAAUGUACUUAUUUAUAAAUGGGUAACACUUGGAAAAA